AGCUCGGAGUUGACUGACUGAAACACACGGGAGUUCUGCAGGAGAAAGAAAUAAUAACUUUGGAAACUGGGAGUCUUUUCCGUCUGGGACGCAGACAUGCGCUGGAAAAGUGAAGUGAAAGUAGAGUGUUGCAUUGUCAACGACAGUGAAAGCGGAUCUCUGUUGUCCAACGAGAAGCUUCUCGUCAUGUGUGAGGACUGCAAAGGAGACGAAGAGCUGCUAGGCAAAUGCACUGAGGACAGGAGAGACAUAAUGGGCGCCCCGGUGGAAGUUUUGGACGAAGACACUUCGUCCCCGCAGACGAUGGCGUCUGCGCCUCUGCUGGGCAGAACUGUAUGCGCAAGCUGCAACGAGGAAAUAAUUGACAAAUAUUUAUUAAAGGUUAACGACAUGUGCUGGCAUGUGCGCUGUCUCUCCUGCAGCGUGUGCCAGACUUCACUUGGCAGCCAUGCGAGCUGUUACAUCAAAGAAAAAGAAGUUUUCUGUAAACUGGAUUACUUUCGAAGAUACGGCACCUGGUGCGCGUGUUGCGGCCGGAACAUCCACUCCACAGACUGGGUCCGUCGGGCGAAGGGCAACGUCUAUCACCUGGCCUGCUUCGCCUGCUUCUCCUGUAAGAGGCAGCUGUCCACUGGGGAAGAGUUCGCGCUGGUGGAGGGGAAGGUGCUCUGCAGGGUCCACUACGACUGCAUGCUGGACAACCUAAAGCGGGCCGUUGAGAAAGGAAGCAGUGUCAGCAUGGAGGGGGCUGUACCCACUGAACAGGAGAUUAACCAGCCUAAACCGUCCAAGAGAGCUCGGACCAGCUUCACUGCCGACCAGCUUCAGGUGAUGCAGGCUCAGUUUGCUCAGGACAACAACCCUGAUGCUCAAACGCUGCAGAAAUUGGCGGAACAGACGGGCCUCAGUCGAAGAGUCAUACAGGUUUGGUUCCAGAACUGUCGAGCACGCCACAAAAAGCAUGUGAGCCCCAACCACACCUCCAGCAGCCCCAUGACCUCCCUGCAGCCCAGUCGCCUGCCCUUGCCCACCCCGACCCCCGAGGAGCUGCAAUACACAGCCUACGGAGGCCCAGAGGGCUCAAUGCUUUCUGCACUACACUCCUUUAUAGACAUACACUCUCCUCCUCCCAUGUUUCAGCCGCUGCUGCCAGCCCACGCCAUGACCUCCUUGCCUGUGUCUCAUGCCUGAGUGGCUCCCUCAACACACACACACACACACACACACGCACACACACAGCAACCUCAGAGUCCACCAGCAUUUUCAUGUCAUUAGCAGCUGCAGUAUUCUGAUUGUCAUGGUAAAUAUAAUUUCAUUUUAAGAGAACCACAACACACUUUCCUUUCUUUACCAGUUAAAUAAUCUUUUCAUUUUUAUAUAUUUGUUACUCACAUUAUGGAGGACCAAAACUUACAGUUUUACACACUGUAUGAAGUGGAAAUGCAAAGGUUUCAGUGUACCUCACAGCAUUGUAACGCGUGACUUUGUAUUUGUUUGUGUAAUUGGUGACAGUUUUACUGUGCAACUCUACGUGAAAGUCACCAGACCCAUAACUCCAUAUGAAGGUGAACUUGAACUUGUUUGUAUAAUAGUGUUGCAGUUUAAUUUAUUGUAUGUGAAGUCUGUUUCAAGAAUAAAUGUUUAAUUUCACAAACCAGGGAGAUGAAUUAAUGGAUGAAAACACAAAACCUAUACACAUCUAUGAAAUGUGCUUUCAAUUUUUUAACUACAGCAGAUGUAAGGAAGCAUUAUUAUCUGAUCUGAUGGUGAACAUGCAUCCAGGGGAAUGUGACUCCCUUCAAUUAA